CAAUAACUAACGCGAAAAUCGAUUAUUUACUAAGCAAAGCAAACGGCUCGUCUGCUAAAAACAGAUUUGUGGCGUGAAAGUUGUAAAAGUGAAAUAAAAUUAAAAUGGUACGAGGUGGUAUACGCGGCGGGCGUCCUAUGCGAGGACCUAUUAGGUCGCCAUUCAAGAAAACUUUUGUACCACGACACCCUUUCGACUUAACUCUUGCUGAAGUUCUUUUUCCAAAAGUAUCGCCAGCCGUAGAUGACGCUGCAUUAACCGCGGCAUUGCUUAAAAGAAAUCAAGACUUGAGUCCGACUCCACCUGAACAAACCUCUGUCGGAAACUUGGUGAGUAAGGUACAAUCAGUAUUGGAUAACCUUGUUGUAGCCCCCGGCGAUUUUAAUACAUGCCAAUUGGAAGAAGUGCGGCAAGUUGGCUCAUUCAAAAAGGGGACAAUGCUUACUGGGCACAAUGUGGCUGAUGUUGUAGUUAUAUUGAAAACUUUGCCGACGAAGGAGGCUUGUGAUGCUUUAGCUAAAAAGGUUGAAGCUGAUCUUAAAAAUGCUAUGAAAACUGAAGUGCUUACGAAAGCCGAUCAAAUCACUACCGUCACCAGUGAUCGCGGUUUCGAAAUAUCAAAUUCUCAGGCCAAAGUACGUAUACUUAUAACAACAUUGCCACAAAACAUGAGAAAGUUAGAAGCUGAUAUACAUCUCGAUUCUAAAAUAAUGCAAGCUCACUUGGCAGCAAUCCGUCAUACUCGUUGGUUUGAAGAAAAUGCCCAUCAUUCUUCAAUUAAGGUGCUUAUACGCAUUUUGAAAGAUCUUACGAAACGUUUUGAGGCUUUCGCGCCCUUAUCACCGUGGAUGCUCGAUCUGAUGGCCCAUUUAACUAUUAUGAAUAACCCGUCUAGGCAGGCUCUUCCAAUUAAUCUUGCUUUCCGGAGAGUAUUCCAACUUUUAUCGGCCGGCUUAUUUUUGCCUGGUUCAGCUGGUAUUACGGAUCCUUGUGAACCUGGUCACAAUCGGGUACACACUGCUAUGACUUUAGAGCAACAAGAUGCAUGCUGUUCGACUGCUCAAACUUUGUUACGCGUUUUGGCUCACGGUGGCUAUAAACAUAUCCUCGGCAUGGAGGGUAGUAUAGAUAUUGUACGCCAAAUGUCUGUAUGGAACGGCGUUGUCGUGUCCCCAUUGGAACCGGUUUACGAAAAACCAAUCGAUAAAAAAGAUGAAGAAGGUGUCGAAGACAUGGAAUCUGUUGAGAACGAUAACGUAAUGGAAGAUGAUGAACAAGGAGAAUAAAGAAAAAACAUAAAGAAAAUGUCUUGUUCCUUAAUUAAUGGAUGAGUAUUUAUUAAAUAGAAUUAUU